CCCCUUUCCACCCGCCGCCGUUUGUCACAAAGCUAGUUUCGGUUUGUUAUGCAGACACGCCCCGGAAGUGCAGUUCAUCGCUUAAUUUAAAGACUAAGCUGAAACUCAAUGGCAGAGAAGUCGGUGGACUCGAUAAAGGAAAAUACUGGAUUAUGCUGUCCUGUUUGCUUUGAGAAAUACCAUGACCCAAGGUCUUUAACUUGUGCACAUACUUUUUGUGAACUUUGUAUUCAUCAGUUUGUGUUGAAGCAGAAAUCAGCAGAUCAACUUAAAGAUGGCGUAGAAUGUCCUCUUUGUAGGAAGGUUACGGCCGUUACACCUGUAGAUACACCGCCUGAAAAAUGGUCAAAGGCACUUCCCGGAAAUUAUGCAUUGCAAGAGGUAUUGGCAUCAUUGGAAAAUGUGAAGGGUAGAGAUGAAAAAAUGUGCAAAAUAUGCCCAAAUGAUAAAACAUGUAAAACUGCUACCAAAUUCUGCAUACAAUGUAAAAAUGAAAUUUGUGAUGACUGCGAACAAAUACAUUACAAAAUUGAAGGUAUUCGUAACCACAGAAUCGUUGCUAUUUCAGAGAAAGAAACUGUAAGAAUAAUUCCUGAUGAAUUAGAUCUAUGUAAAGCUCACAAUAAGAAAAUAGAAUUUUACUGCAUUGAUGAAAAGAAGCUGUGCUGCAGUUCUUGUGCUAUUAUCAAACAUAGAAAAUGUAAUGAAGUUGCCGAAAUUUUUGAGAUUGCAGAAAAGGACAACAAUGAAACAAAGGCUCAUAUGUUAAUGCAGAUGCAAAGUUUGAAAAUGAAAGCAAGCAGUGUGAAGUCGUUUUUCCAGCAAAGGGGACGGGAAAUGGAAUCCAAGAUUGAAUCAAUGAGUCAAAAGAUGCAACUUGAUCACGAGCAGAUCAUAAGGAUGUUGGAAGAAACAAGAGCGAAGAUAAUGGCAGAUGCAGAAGAAGUAAAACAGAAAACUUUGAAAUCGUUCGAGCUGUAUUAUGAUGAAUGUGAUACAUUGAUAUCUACUGUUGAUAGUUCUGUUCAAACUUUAGAAUCUGUUCAGAAGCACGGAUCGGCAUCGCAGCUUUUCAUCGCAUUGCAGAAACAAGAGUCACAACUUGCAGAAGAAAUCAAGAAGUCUGAAAAAUGCUUUAAAGAGCUGAAUUACCCAGAUCUAUGUUUUGAAACGGCAGAAAGUGUGAAUGAUAUCAUCAACUCUACUGACAUGCUUGGUGAAUUAAAGACACAUGAAAUCAAGGUAGAGAUUGAAGAAAUUCCUGACAUAAGGAAAGUCCAUCUGGAGUUUACUGCAUCUAUUGAUGUGCAAGCAAUGGAUGGCCAGGAACAUUUGCCAAACUACACAGGUCUAGCGUUCCUUUCUGAUGGUAGAUUAGCUGUUGUUGAUAACAUGAAUGACACUUGUUUAAUCAUGAACAAAGAGUUAGAAACGUUGAAAAGUUACAAGCACACUGAUUUUUUGUAUGAUGUGAUUUCUUUGCCAGACAAUGAACUUCUUUUGACAAGUAGCAGUUCUCUUGUAACUGUAGCAGUUAGUAAUGAAAAUGAUAUAAUGCAUGAAAUGGUAACAGACUUGAAAUGCAAACCAUACUCAGUGUCAUUAUUUGACGGCGAGAAUCUAGUAGUUGGUAGGUAUGGUGUCCAGACUCCAGUAUCCAUUUUGUCUAAAACUGGAACAGAGAAACAUCUCGGAAUUAAGCUGCCUGAGAAAGAAUGGGGCAUUGACGACAGCAGAUGUACUUUUGAUAGGAACACUAGAAGGCUAGCGAUAACAGACAGGCUUGAAGAAAAGGUAUAUAUCUACGACACAAGGAAUAAUGACAGAAUUAUAAUUACUGAUGAAAGAAUUCGGGAACCAGGCGGAGUAGCUUUUGGUCCCCAGGAUUGUGUAUUUGUUUGUAGCACUGGGAAAGAUACUGUUGUACAGUUAUCACAGUUUGGGGAAAUAAUUGAAUCACUGGCAGUAGAAAUGGAUCUCCCGACAGUGAUGUGCAUUUCCAAAAGUGGGACAAAACUUGCACUGUCAAAUUCGAUACAAGUUGGAAGAAAAUUACAGAUCUAUAAAAUUAUACCUUUCAGUACAUAAAUGGACACAAGUGACUUUAAAUAUUUGACAGCUAGGCUUGUCAUGAUGAUUAGUUUAAACAUAUUUUUAUUUCUUUCGAUAAAGUUACAUAAUCAAAUACAUGUGCCAAAUACAUUUGUGAAAUGUUUGAUUGGAAAACAAGCAAGUAAAUGCUUAUAUUAAUUCCUUUCCAUAGAUGUCAUGAUGAUUGAUAAAAUGUAUUCUUCUUUAUAGAAAUGCAUUUACUUAAAAGCACUGACCUCCAUAUUGUACAACAACAAAAAGAAAAAUUUUAGAUAUCAGAAAAUUGAAACUUAGUUACUGACAGAUUAUAUGUUAUGGAGACACA